ACACGCGCAGGCAUUCGAUCUCAACGUCGUCUGCCAUCCGAUAGACAAUGAUUGCGACGCAAUUUCGAUCCUCCGAAUGUCUGUUUUAGUACCGAGUGUAUACAAUACUCCCGGUGCUUAAUUGCACUUGCUCUCUCUGGACUUAUUUGAGCGUCAUGAGGUGGACCGGUGAUCUAUGCCUUUUGUUCAUGCUUCUCCCUCGAAGGCUUCAAGAUGAUUCACGACUUCGGAUAGCCGGCGCAUCCCCGUACGGAUGCACAAUGUACGUACGCCUCAUAUCGUCUGUGAUAGGUCAGAGAUUUGAGCUCCAUAAAAGGCGGGCUCACACGCAUUCGCGGGAAGGAUUGUUCUCACCCCUUGCGAUGUCUAACCCUAAAUCGCCACCGUUCUUUUGUCGAAGAACUGAUUUCUGCCAGAGUGAGCACGGGAGUGAAUACAAUUGUACAUCGCCGCGAGUUCUUUCCUUGUUACAUUGUGGCUGGGAAAUGACAGAAUCUCUCGGUAUCCUGUGAGAACACCAUUGGAAAUAUGUGGCAAUAACAAAACUUUAUUUUGAAUGGAUAUGAUACAUG